AUGGCAGACAAGCAGAUCAAAGGCGUCGUAGUGCCCAUACUAACGCCGCUGAAGUCGGACGAGAGCGUGGAUGUCGCGUCGCUGCGAAGACUGGUGAACUAUCUCAUAGAUAACGGAGUCCAUGGGAUCUGGGUAUCCGGCACGACGGGCGAGUUCGCCAACCUUUCGGAUAAAGAGCGACUUGUGAGCAUGGACGCUGUCGUUGACGAGGUGAACGGGCGCGUGCCGGUCAUCGGCAAUGUGUCGGGCGCUAGCACUCAGCUAUCCAUCAAUAUGGCGCUUGAGGUGCAGGAGAUGGGCAUGGACGGCGUCGCCGUUACGCCGCCGUACUACUAUCCGAACGCGCAGGACGAAAUCCUUGACCACUACCGACACAUCAGCGCGCGGGUUGGUACGCCGCUCUGGGUGUACAACAUACCACAGACGGUCAAGACUGCUGUGGCGCCCGGAACUGUGGCGACACUCGCAGGCGAGGGUGCGGUCGUUGGUGUCAAGGACAGUUCAGGCGCGGGCGAACUGCUUGCACAGCUAAAUCUGAUGUGCGAACAGGGCGGUAUAUCGCUGCUGCGCUUCCUGGGCACGGCGUUCCGCAUCACUACCGCAGGUUCGGUCGGUGUGCAGGGCGUCAUUCCCGGCAUAGCGAACCUGAUUCCUGCUGCAUCGGCUGCAGGCUGGGAGGCUGGCGAAGCCGGAGACGCCGAUACCGUGCGCAAGAGCAAUGCCACAAUCAUGGCGGCCGGGAAGAUUGCAGGACUGGCGAAGGGCGGCGGCGCGAAUGCUGCGAGCUUCGCGGGCAUGAAGUCUGCGCUAAAGCACAUGGGCGUUAUUGACGACGACACGGUAUCGCGGCCGCUGCGCCCGUUGACCGAUGAAGAAAAAGAAGGGAUUCCGGCUAUUCUGGAGGAGUUGGCGUUGGCGUAG